GUCGUACGACGGAGAACUUUAAUCCUUGUCUGAUUUACGCUACGUGAGGAUAUUAGACUAAAUCUACUGAUCAUUUGAAAAAUUAAGACCUCCGUGAAAAAAUUCCAGACUUUGAGGUGAAAUUCAAUACUUUUUAAGGCCUUAAUUUAGGAAAAUGAAAUGUAAUAAUUUGUAAUACUUUUAAGACUCCGCGGGUACCCUGCAGUGAUGCACAUCGCGCUGCUUCGUGCUCGUCUCCUUUAACGCCGCGAGAGGCUGCCGCGUCACGGCCCGUGUAUCAUCCGACACUCACAUUUCAUGUGGAUCACGAACUGAGCGAGCGCUCCUCCGGCUGCCCAAGCAUGUUCUUCAAGACGGACCAUUUCAUAACGGAGCACUGAGGUCCCGCCGCUGUCCGCGCUGAUCGCCAUUUCAUUCUUCAGGAAAUCGGAUUGCUUCCAAGAUGUCGCUGGCCGCGGUGGCGCUCUCGGUCCUCUCCCUGAUCCUGUCCUCUUGGCCGGUGAGUGCCAACGAGGACUGCCUAUGGUACGUGGAUAAGAAUGGCACAUGGCACAAUGGCUUCGACUGCCCCGUGAUCACCUCUUGCUGUGGCAACUGCCAGCGGCGCUACUGCUGCAUGGACCCCUUCAAGAUCAUCACGGAGCGCGAGCAGAAACGCUGCAUGCUCUUCCAGUUCAGUCCCACCACCAUAGCGGGCAUCGCUUCGUCCAUCCUGCUGUUUGUGGCCAUCAUCGCCACCAUGGUGUGCUGCUUCAUGUGCUCCUGCUGCUACCUGUACCAGCGCCGGCAACAGAGGGGACGCACUCCUUACGAUGCCCAGCACAUCCCUAUGGCCAGCUACCCGGUGGAGCCCAUGUAUGACGCCUUUGGGAAGCCCCUGGGGCACCCUGACUACCCCAACCCCAUGGGCUACCCCAUGGCCCCCCAAUACCACCCCGGCAUGCCCCAGCAGUACCCCAUGAUGCCCCCCGGACCCUACGCCCCCUACCCCCACAACGACCCCAGCUCCAGCCAGGCUCCUCCACCCUAUUCCCCACCUCAGUACCCUGGCCACUGAUGGAGAACACACACACACACACACGCACACACACACACACACACACCAACAUACACAGACACACACCAUUACACACACACACACACACACUCAGCGAUGGAAAGGGAAGCAGUGGAGUGGCUGGCGUGUGUGUCGGUGCUCCGGCUGAUGCACUUUUGUUUUCCUCUAAUCUAUUUAUUCCCGUUCGGAAUGACGCAUGUGUAAGUCUCUGCUCCGCACGGAUUCAGAUGGAUUUCCUCUCCAGAGAUCACCUCGCGUCGGACUCCCCUCUCGGCCCCAAGGCCAGCGGUUCACACGCGGCCUCUGACGCAGGGUUCAGCGACUCUUGGGACUGGUCUGAGUGUUUGUUUAUUUGUUUGUUUGUUUGUUUGUUUGUUUGUUUGUUUGUUUGUUUUGGAGCAUUUGUAGGUUUUUAAUCUGAAUCCGAGUCUGUCCCUAUGGGGUCGUGGGGUCGCGAGUGGAGUGUGUGUGUGGAUAAGCUUUAACUGUGCUGCAGCUCCGGUGUGAUGCUCUCACCCCUGUGUAUGUGUGUGUGUGUGUGUGUCACCUCAGCCUAAACACACGUGUAGUACAAGUUAAAGUUUAGACCUUUUCUUAUGUAAGCUCCUCUGAAAUCUAACUUAUGGCUGUGGUGUUACUAGCACCCUGGUCUGUUAGAAGCUACCUGAACCCAUCACACACACACACACACACUCAGCCACAGGGUCCUAUGACAUCUACUAUUACUCACUCGUACACACACACUCAGUCACACUCUCUCUCUCACACACACACACACAAACAUACACACACACUCUCACAGGGUGUUAUGGCAUCCACCAUUACUCACUCACUCUCACACACACUCAGUCACACUCUCUCUCACAGACACACACACACACACACUCUCACAGGGUGUUAUGGCAUCCACCAUUACUCACUCACUCUCACACACACUCAGUCACACUCUCUCUCACACACACACACACACACACACUCUUACAGCUACACACAUACACACACACACACAGUCUCUCUCUCACAGCCAAACACACACACACAUUCUCCCAGCCACACACACACACACUCUCUCUCACAGCCACACACACACACACACUCUCUCACAGCCACACACACACACACACAGACACACGUGAUUUGGUGAUGAGUACUAAGCUGUAGUCUGGGAGUGUGUGUGUGUGUGUGAUUUGGUGAUGGGUUCAGAAGCUUGUCUUUGUGUCAUGUUGCAGUCUGGCCAAUCACAGCGCUGCGUUGUGGUCAGCUGACUGGCUGUGCCGUGGCCAGAGAGAGCAAUCCUAUCCUUCCUCCGCAUCCUCCUUCCUGUUUGCCCUCAUAUCGCCUUACCGCAGCAUAAAACAUUCAUUACGUUAUUCCACUGUAAAUAGUUUAUUGACAAACAUAAUGAGAAAUGCUAAAUAUUGAGAUUUUACAGAACAUAUCAUGAUGGAUACGAUUGGGGCUGGGGUGUGAGUCUGUUUUCAUAAAAAACUUCUGCUCUCCUCUGCCUCUGAGCACAGCUGUGUAAGAUAACCGUGUGUGUGUGUGUGUGUGUGUGUGUGUGUAUAGCAGUGGGAGCAGGAACACCAAGUGUGUGUGUAUGAAGCAUCCUUUUAUUGUAAUGAUUUUAACUUGUCUUUUAACUUCACCAGCUUCUCUAAAGGGUUACGGUCUCUACUCUAAAUCUGCAGUAUGUACAAUGUGUGUGAAUCAGUUGUAGUGUUUCUCUAAUCUUUAAACACCCUGAGGUACCUGGAAAUACAAGCCUGUAUUGAAACAUUUGCAAGAGAACUGGAUUAGCUCCUCAGAUAUAUUUUAAACAAGUGCAACAGCACCACCUGUAGGUGUGUUUGUGCAGAACACCCUGCCUCUGCCCAGGUGUCCCGAUGGGCUGCUCUUGUUUUGGAUGUAAAUCCACUGGACACUCCAUACCAUUUUCUGCUGCAUACCAGAGCACACUGCAAGAAGGACUAAACUAUUCCUCUACCCCUGGUGGAUCUGUUUUGCUUCUGUAAAAUCGACUGUUUUUGAUUCUCUUCUCCUGUAUGUCCUUGUGGACGGUAUGAAGGCUGAUUUAAUGUAAAUUCUACUGAU